CCCCUUCUCCUUCCGUCUUCUCACAAAUCCCUGCAAAUUCACCUUCUCUCUCUCUUUCCCCCUGUCACACCCCCCAAAAAUCGUGAACCUUUGACUUGCUCUCUCACACCUUUACCCUCGAACGCUUCGCCAUCCCAUGCAUGAUCAACGCUUCUCUGUUCUCUCUGGGCUUUCCUCUUUUCACUCUCCCCGCACGCACCUGAUCUCAGUCUUCUCACUUACCGCACCCAGAUAUGGAACUUCUCGCUCUCAGACAUUUUCCCUUCUUACUAUAUUCUCUGCUGUGCUUGUUUCAUUUCUCUUUGCAGGCUUCUUUAAUGGGUGAUUCUGAGAUUCUUCUGCGGGUUAAGACUACUCAGAUCAUUGAUGAGAAUGGUAGCCUCAAAAAUUGGGAUAGAGGCCUUAAUCACUGCAACUGGAUUGGCAUUACCUGUGAUGAGCUUAAUCGCUCAGUUGUUGCCAUUGACCUCUCUGGCACCGGCAUUUAUGGUGGAUUUCCGUUCGGUUUUUGUCGGAUUCGGACCCUGCGAAGGCUUUCUGCUGCGCAAAAUUAUCUCGGUGGUGUUGUCUCUACUCAAUCACUCCUUCUCUGUGCCCACCUUCGUGUCUUGAACCUCUCUGAUAACUUAUUUGUCGGCGAGUUGCCGCAAUUCUUGUCGGAGUUCUCUGAACUGAGACGGCUUGAUUUCUCGCGUAACAACUUCACUGGCGAUAUUCCGGCAAAUUUUGGCCGGUUUCCACAUCUUAGAGUGCUGAGUUUGUCGGGGAACUUGCUCAGCGGAACCAUUCCCGCGUUCUUAGGGAAUCUCAGUGAGUUAACUAGAUUGGAACUCGCUUAUAAUCCGUUCCGACCAGGACCUUUACCCUCCCAGCUUGGAAAUUUAUCCAAACUCGAAGUUAUGUUCCUUGCGAAUUCAAAUGUCGAAGGGAGUAUACCGGACUCGAUAGGGAAGCUGCUCUCGCUCAAGAACUUGGAUAUGUCGAAAAAUUUAUUGUCAGGUAAAAUUCCAGACAGCAUUUCGGGUUUGGCAAGUGUAGAACAAAUUGUGCUAUUUCUAAACCAACUUUCAGGUGAAAUUCCUCAAGGUCUGGGAAACCUUAGCACUUUAAUUAGUUUAGACCUCUCUCAAAAUAGUCUCACAGGGAAAUUGCCUGAUUCACUCGCUGCCUUGCGUCUCCAAUCGCUUUCAUUGAACGACAAUUUCCUCGAAGGAGAAAUCCCCGUGAAUGUAGCUACAAAUCCAAAUCUACUGAGACUAAUUCUCUUUAAUAACAGCUUUACUGGGAAGCUACCUGAAGAUCUCGGUCGAAACUCUGAUUUACGGGAGCUUGAUGUUUCUACCAAUGACUUUGUUGGCGAAUUGCCUAAGUACGUCUGUCAAAGGAACAAGUUGCAGCGUCUUAUCACAUUCAGGAAUCGCUUUUCCGGAAAUCUCCCUGAGCAGUAUGGUGACUGUCAUUCACUCGACUACGUCAGAAUCGAGCACAACCAGCUUUCUGGUGAGGUGCCUCUAAAAUUUUGGAAACUUCCUGGCCUCGAAUUUUUAAAGAUGAAUGACAACUUGUUGGAAGGUUCAUUCUCCAUCUCCGGCGCUCAGAGGCUCUCUGCACUUCAUAUAUCUGAUAACAGGUUUUCUGGACAUUUGUCGGCAGAAAUUUGUGAACUCCACAACAUUAUAGAGAUUGACAUGAGCCGGAACCAGUUCACCGGUGAAGUUCCGUCAUGUAUAACUGGAUUAAAGAAGUUACAGAAGCUGAGCAUGCAGGGGAACAUGUUCACUGGCGCGAUUCCUCGUAAUGUAGAUUCCUGGAGUGACUUGACCCUAUUGAACUUGUCGUGUAACCGAUUCACAGGUACAAUUCCGCCAGAGCUUGGUAAUUUGCCAGAUUUGAGUUCGCUUGAUCUGGCUAUGAAUUUCCUGACUGGGGGGAUUCCGCCAGAGUUAGCAAAGCUCAAGCUCAGCCAGUUCAACGUGUCGGGAAACAAGUUGUCUGGAAAUGUACCUUCAGGGUUCAACAGUGAAUUCUAUUGGUCGGGUCUGGUUGGUAAUCCGAACCUCUGCAGCGAAGUCAUGAAAUUCCUUCCUCCUUGUUCCGAAUCGAAACGCUUCUCUUCGAUAGCUAUUAUUGUGUUAUCUACCUUCGUUGUACUCCUUCUGGGGCUUCUCCUCUUGUUCCUUAAGAGGAAGAAGUCAUUAUUUUUAACUGGCCAACCCAAGCACUUUGUCAAGACGACAACAUUCCAUAUGGUGGGCUUUAAGGAAGAAGAUGUUGUUCCAUUCCUAACCAGUGAGAAUCUCAUUGGCACAGGGAGCUCGGGCCAGGUCUAUCGGGUGAAGCUCAAGACAGGAGAGACAGUUGCUGUGAAGAAGUUUUGGGAAGGGCGUUCAGGAAAACUGAAUACAGAUUCGGUUUUCAAAACGGAGAUUGAGACACUUAGUAGAACUCGGCACGUUGAUAUAGUAAAAUUGUUAUAUAGUUGCAGUGCUGACGAUUUCCAGAUUCUGGUGUACGAGUAUUUGGAGAAUGGCAGCUUGAGUGACGUUUUGCACGGUGAAAAGUGCAGGGAGUUGAUGCAUUGGUCGAGGCGGUUCACCAUAGCAGUAGGUGUCGCUCGGGGACUGGCUUAUUUACACCACGACUGUGUGCCGCCUAUAGUUCACAGAGACGUCAAGAGUAGCAACAUAUUGCUGGAUCAUGAUUUCAGACCUCGUGUUGCAGACUUUGGGUUGGCUAGGACCUGGCAGCCAAAGGCAAACGAAGAUGGUGGCGGGGCUACAUCCAGGGUCGCUGGGUCCUAUGGUUACAUUGCUCCUGAAUAUGCUUACACACGCAAAGUAACUGAGAAAAGUGAUGUGUAUAGCUAUGGUGUGCUACUGAUGGAAUUGGUCACAGGCAAGAGGCCAAAUGAUCCAUCUUUUGGUGAGAACAAGGAUAUAGUGAAGUGGCUCACUGAGACUGCUUUAUCAAGCUCUGCAGGAGGGAGUGACAAUGUGGAAGGUUAUCGCCGUGGCCUGGUUCAGAUUGUAGACCCUAGAUUGAACCCCUCCACGUAUGAUUAUGAAGAGAUUAGGAAGGUUUUGAAUGUGGCUCUGCUUUGCACCUCAAGGAUCCCGGUUAAUAGACCCUCAAUGAGAAGGGUGGUUGACUUGCUGUGGGGACUAAAGACUCGUCCCAAGUCAUGAUGACCAUUGAUGCCUUUGGGCAUUCCGUGACUCCCUUUGGCAUUCCGUGACUCCCUUUGUUUUCUUUCUUUCUUUUGUUUUCCCCUUCUGAUCUGUUUUUUGUGAACUGGUGAAACAAGGAGGAAGAGGCCCCUAGGCUAGGAAGCAUGACUAGUGUUUGUAAGCACAGAUCGCUGGCUGGAUAGUUGGUUCUGUCAAUCAUAUUUAUGAGGUGCAAAAUCAUAUCCUGAUGUAUAGGACCAGGUUUAAUAUUAUUAGCUGUAAUUGAGCAGUUAUAACUUGUAAAUGUUUAAGAUUUGGAGAGCAGUUUCCUAGAUGAAGCUGUUCAUGAAUUUA